AUGGCCGUGGCUCAAACGAGAACAAGCAUACGCAGGCUAUCGAAAGCCUCAGGCGUAAACGCCCGAUACCUGUCUCUUUCAGCCCAAAUCCGCGAACUCUGGACCUGUUCUCAUCGAUAUCAUAAUAGCAACGACCUCCAUAGGAAGCAUACCCGCCUUAUAUUCCACAAUCAUCAUCGAUCACAAAGACCCCAUCAUCCCCCGCGAAGUCAACGGAUUAUAUACCCAAAAUACCAGUACCAGUCAUGGUGGAGUCCUGGUUGGGGCUGGGGCUGGGGUGGCUUCAACUCCGGCUUUUUGGGCUUUCAGGACACGCCAACGAGAUACAGAUAUGGGCAAGAUGAUGAUAAGGGUGGCUGGGAAGACCGCGCGAAGCGCCGGAUGGAAUGGAUCAAAAAGGAGAUCGAAGCUGAUCCAUACGCAGCUCUUUUUGGGAGGAGAUCUCAGCCGCUCGGAUUAAAUUGGGGCAAUAAGCUUGAGAGUGGGCUUAUGUCCUUGUGGCGGUCGGUUUUCGGACUCGGUGAAGAUAUGUCGAACACAAAUAAAGGUAAAGGCGCGAAAGUCAUCGAUUCGACGCUGAAAGGGCAAGAUGACUCUGGCCGCACAUCAGUUGACGAGAAGGUGCGAGAGCCAAUGACCAGAGAUGGGGAUAUGCAGCGUCGGCCAUCAACGGACUUUAGGGGAGCUGGGUUCGAGUUCGAUCCUAUCAGUGGCCGUAUGGUUCCCGUGCGAUCUGAGCCUUGGGGGACACCCGAAGAAAGAGGCAAGGAACGACAAGGAGAUGGGCAGUACGUUGAAAAUAAGUCCAUCCCUGCGGGUGAUGACUUACCUCAAGAGAAGGCUGAGGCGGAUUCAAACACCCUUUCAGAGCCGAACGUCCUCGACUCCGCAACCAAAAAGGACUCGACUGUGCCUGAAUCUAGUGAGCGGUUCCAGGGCGCUUCUGGGCCUUCGAUUGUCUCUGAAAGUCAAAUCUACGCAUCGGCACCAACUCAGGAAGCCUCCAACUGCCUAAAUGAGACUGUGCAGGCCGCUAAAGAUGAAAUAAAUGCUGAGACUCAAACACAUGCUCAGGUUGAGCGACCAGUACCACCACAAAAUGACAAUCAUGAAGCUGUAACCCCUGCUACUAUGCCAUUUACGCAGAGUCCCUACUCCCAAAAACACAACACUACUGAAAGAUCGUUGGCCGAGCAUUCAGUCUCGAAAGCCGGGCCUGACCGGGCAGGGUUUCUGUCAAGACGUGAGAACCAAAUGCCUAAAUUGGUCACGGCUGAAAGUCAGCCAUAUACUGCAGUUGAUAACAGAGACAAAGAUAUUGAGCUACUCAGUGCGCGCGAUAUUCGGGCUGCCUAUGAGCCCAGACGGCUAAGCAUUGAAGCCGAGAUUGAAGCCGAAACACCUAAACAGUUGGAUGAGCCCUCUGCUUCACAAACUGAUCUUAAGGAUACACACGGCAAAUCUCCAGUGAAUAAAUUGGGGGGCUCAGUCAAUAUGCCUGGCGGGCCGACCGCUCCUUUUUCAGGCCUUCCGGACGGGCAAGCCUUAAAUGAAGAUCUAUUACAAAAUGAACCAUCAACGGCGACCCAAUCCUCAGUCACGGAGACGUAUCGCAUAUUCGCGUAUGAUCCAUCUUCCGCGAAAGUCACCGAGGCUGAAACGAUCUCAUCACUCCAAGAGCCGAGCGAGCAUCUUCAUCCAACAGAAGUGCUCACGCGCCUAGCAAAUCCCGCCAAGUUCUCACCAUGUCUGAACCAGAUGCAUGCGGAGGGAUACGAAAUUGUGUCGGGUGGAGGAGAUAUCCUAGUAUUCCGAAAGGCUCCGGCAGGAAGCUCGAAAACUAUUGAUAGGCUGGCAAGUCCUUCCCAAGAGCCUUCCACUGAGUCAGCUCAACUCGCAGAUAAAGACGUCCAAGGUGGGAACUUCUCUGGUCAAGAUGCACCCCGCAAACAAUCUCGCAAGAGCCCUCAGAAGGCCACGGUUUCAAAGGUAUUCCGGCGAAUGCUGGUGGGAGGACUUGCCACCGGAGGUACCUGCUACGCAUUGGGUGUUGUGAGUGAGUAUUUUAGAACCGGGGGUAAGGACGGAUUCGGCAUUGAUGGUUUCACGGAAUUCGAGUCAGAAAGACGACAUCUGGAGCGAUAACCUGCGGGUGUACGGAUAUGCAAACGUGUUGGUUAUUUUGAAUAUCUCCGCUACUAUGUAAGUAAAGACCAAUCUCAACUUGGGCUCUCCUAUCCACAUCAACGCGUGCUCCAAUAUCCAUAGCCCCAAGUAUCAAUACGGGCCGCCAACUAUCAAGGCUUCCUCCCCAUCUCUUUCACCAGUAUCACAC